CGGCGCGGCUGAGCCGGAGCGGGCCGGCAGCCGGCGGGCCCUCGCCCCGGCCCGCCCGUCCAUGCCGCGGAAAGCCCUGUUCUGCGUCCUGCAGCUGGAUAUCCGCUCGGUAACUUGCCCCGGAGUGCUGUUGAAAGACAAAGAGGAGCUUUAUCUCAGUGUCACUGUACUUGGACAAUACAAAAAAACUCAAUGCGUCCCUGCAGCAUUUCCACUCUUCUUUCAAGAAAAACUAGUAUUUGAAAAGGCAUUUGCUGAUAUAGUUGAUCCUGGAGACCUUGUGGAGUUACUGGAACUUGACACAGCAGUACUUGAACUAAUACAGCUCAUUCCUCCAGUAGGAAAAAUUCUAGCUACAUAUGAAGAAAAUACAAGAGAUUUCCUGUUUCCUGACCCUAAGCUUACCUCUGGGCACCAUGGUUUAGAUCGUGAGAUUUUAAUGAAGAGGUCCUCUUCUUUUACAGGAAUUGCACCAAAAUUGAGAUUUUCUACAAGCUCCCUUAUUACAGAAAGAGUGUUAAGCUCAGGAAGGAGUCACAUACAGGGCGAUUUGAAUCGGGUGCAUCACUCAACCCCAAAUGGAAAAUUGCAAACAAAGUUACCAAAGAAAAUUACCCUUUCACCUGAGAAAAGCAGGCACAGCUUAGCAACAAAGAACUACGAGCAGCCUACAAUAGCUUCUAAAUCACGUUCUCCAUCUCCAUACACAAAAAGACGAAUGUGUGAGCUAUCAGAAGAAGCCAGGCAACGACUGGCCCAUUUAAGCCUUGGUCCUUAUGAAUUCAGAAGAGAAACUGAUAAACCUCCAUUUGUAGUUAGACGGGUUGAACAACCAAGUCCUAGUAUUAAACUUCAUACCUGGUGUCCCACACGAGAAAGCACAGCAGAAGCCUGGGCCAAGGUAGACUAUGAUCCAUCUCUUCUCGGCAGCUACAGACCCAAGAAAGCCAAAGCAAAACCUGCUCAUGGAAAAUACGUUUGCAAUGAGGAUAGGAUCUCAGAUUCACCCAACAAACCGUCCCGUUCUGCUGGCUUUUCAGAACAUUCAGCACCUCCAACAUCUCGGAAGCAUUCUCCAAGUUCUGUUCUAAAUCGAUCUUCUCUAAGGGAAAGAUUUAGCUCUGGUUGGCCUUCACCAGCAAAUGGAGAUGAGAUCCAUAAAAGAGUGAAAAAUAUUUUAAGGACACACAGUGCCAGACAGCGCCUCGUAUUUGAUGAGAGUAGCUCAUCAAAAGGAGACUUGACUAAGACAAGAGAAUCUUCGCAUAAAGCGCCCUUAUCCAUGAAUGAACUGCAGAGCAGUUCACCAGUGCAGCAGAACACUAUUGUUCACUUGGAUAAUGGUGAAUAUUGGUCUAGACCUGCAGCUGUGUACAAAGGGAAGCCUCGCAGAGUGAUCUUUGAAGAGAGUCUGGAGAAAAUAUACAGAAACAUGUACCAAAAAGCUACUGGCGGUGUUUCAGACCAAAAAACACACUCCUGAUAGCAAUUCACCUGGAAAUACACAGUACACAGUGCUCAUAUUUGUGAUGAAACCUAUUUUUAUGUAACAAAUAUUUGUACUCUGUUUUAAGGUCUAAUUAUGGUUGGGUAGGGUUUGGGAGAAACGGGGUUUUUGCCUGGGUUGCUAAAAGGAAACUAUUAACAUCCCCCUGUGCCUUCCCCUAGCCACCCCCCCUCAAAAAAGAAAAAACAAAACCCGACCCCCAAAAAAUACCCCAAAACCCAGCAACUUCACCCCUCCAUAGUUAAUCAAAAUGGCGUUGCUCCUUUGAGACUGUGUCAAUUGAAGACUAGUAGGUCUGAUGGACAUUUCUGUCAGACAUCAACUCAGGUUUCAGCUUCAGCCAAUUCUUAAUAAACAAUUAAUGCUAUUUAGUGCAUUAACAGAAUUGGUUGAAGAAACAAUAUGGCCUAGUGUUCAGGGAAGGGGUCUAAAGAGGAAGGUGAAUGCGAGUGUUGAUUUAAAAGUGUCCCAUCUGGGACAAAGGGAAUUGUUUUCUAGAAAAUUGCCUUUGGAUUGUUUAUUUUUGAGAUGGGCAGCAACUCUAAUACUGACCUAUAGACGUGCUUUCAGAGUGGUUUCAAACACCUUUAGAAAUAAAUUUUCUAAUACUGUCAAAUUUUAAAAGAAGCCCACCCAGACCAACAGCCUUUGUAUCAGAAGAAAGGUCAUCUUUACAAACCCUGUGCAUUUGAAAGUUUCCAGGUUCUCUUGAAUGCAGCCAUGACAUUUGCCAAUAUACUUGUAAUUUUAAAAAAAUAUGAAUAAGAAAGGAGUGCAGAGGGAGGAGGACUGGAGCCAGUCAGUGAGCUCCUCAUAUACCCCGUACAAGCCUUCUGAAGCUCCUGCAUCACAAUCCCACCUAAUUUGGAGCCUGUCCUUCCCAGUCUGCUGGGAUCCUGUUGGCAGAAACUGCAUCGUUUUUGCUAAAGGCCACCAAAUGUUCAUCAGCAGUUCGAUGCUUUCCCUGGGGAUGGAACCUUUUCAGCCUUGCAUUGAACAGAUCCCACAUUAGCAGACCGGGGCAAAUUGCCCAUCUAUUGAAAAGUGGAAUGUUUUAAAAGGGCAAGAGUGUCCAUCUCCUGCUUCCUUUCAGAAUGAGGGGGGGAAAAAACAAAUGCCUGUUCUGGCUCCUUCCCUGAGUGUGGGAACAGAUUCAGUUACACCAAUGCCAUUUUACCUGUUAUGAUUGGAUGAAGGAUAAAGCGAGCAGUACAGAUGGCAGAACAUAUGACUGUAACCUGCCAGCAUGCCUAGAUAAACAAAAAGUGGGUCUACUCUGCUUUCCGUCCUUUAAUGCUGAGACAACAUAAUUGAUUUGAGAAAGCAGUUGGUGAGCAAUUAUGCUGGUGGGAAAGCACGUUGAAAGGCUGUGUGCUUCUGUUUCAGGAAAGGGGACUCUCAGAGGAAGUGUCUCGCAUAUAGACAUUUCUAUUCCUUGCAACUGUUAAACCAGUUGAAGUGGAUUAACACUGAUAACUUCCUGUCCCCGAUGCCAUUUAGCACAUUAGUGCUUUCAAAGGGCAUUAGUUGCACAGUCCUGUGCCAUGGAUAAGUGUUGAGUCACUCUGUGAAGUUGUAGCACACUUUUUUUUUUUUCAGAAGUGAGAAGUAAAACUUACCCAAACUGUGCCCCUGAAGGCAUGGUGGCCAUGGAGCAUUGUGCUACUGGUGCCUGGUGUUCAUUCAUGAGCCUAUUCCUGUGACCCCAUAUUAGUCCAGAAAGGAAUUGGUCCUUUUUCCUUGCUGCUCAGGAAAGUAGGAGUAUUCAAAUGCAUCCUAAAUGGGCAAGGCAGGUUCUGAUAUAUAUUUUCCAAGCUUUUAGUUUGAAAGGAAUGUACUGAAGUAUGAAGGUUGCUACGGUUUCCUGUAUGUGUUUGAGCUGUAAGAUUUAGUGUUCUUCUCAUGGUACCCCAUUGCUUUCAUUCAAUAGUCUCUGUGUUUUCCCUCCCCAGUGUCAUAGCUUAGUAAAAGUUGGUCUUCUGAAGAUUGGCUGCUCUCCUUUGGCUUUAUCUGUGACCAAGAAGUACUUCUCAAUUUCUCCCUCCCCAGCAGUCCAGCAAAUUUUAGUCUCCAUUUGCUCAAUGUGUAAGGAGGCCUGGAUGCUAAGGCUUUGUUCUUUGCAUGAAUGAGUAAGGACACAAGUUGUCAUGAAUUCAAGACACCAGGAAGGGGAUGAGGAAGUUUGGAGGCCACUGUGAAAAAACAGGAUAAUGUUUUUGAGGGGUCCAGAGAAAUGGCUGGGGUGUAUCUGUUUCGUUCCCCUAGCUAAAGAAAGGAAGCAUAUAGCCAUAUGGCAACCUGCAGUUUUUCAUCAAAAAUCAAAAAAAAUUCAUCAAAGGUGAAAACUGAAUGGAAGGGGGUAAAAAAAAUAUAUAUAUUGAUUUUUUUUGACCGGUAUGAGUAUUAUCACUGUAGCCUUCAUAUACAACAUAACCAGAAAUGAAGCACACAGACUCUGAGUGUCCUUGGCCCUGCUCCAGCUGCGAGGGGAGAUGGGGUGUAUAAUGUCUUUCUGAAUCAGCUGCUGCAGGAGAUGUGCUUCUCUCUUGGGUCAGAGUCAUUCCGCAGCUUAUAGGCUGCGAUACAGCAAAGAGCCUUCUCUUCCAAGCCUCGUGCUGGAAAUCUGGUUUGGUUAAUGGAAAACUUUUCUCUGAAAUGUGACUUAAGACCCGAAUUACUCCGAUCUGUCCAUAAAAUCUGCAAACCACUUGGUUUUCGGAAGCGUUUGGCCCCUUCCCUGUUUGCUCAGCUAACUCUCCUAUUAAUAUGCAUACACUCAAGUGCACGGAGCGCGGCUGCUCCUUUGCUACUGCAGUAUGUGAUAAGUAUAGGUUCAGGCAGUGAACCAACAUAGUAAUAAACUGUAAUUGUUUAGCACACCUUGCCUUCUAAUACAAUUUAAAUCCCUUCUAUCAAAUGCAAAUUUCUAGGUUCCUGAGUGGAGCUUUAAAUAGCAUUUUCUAUGCUCAUUCCUUAUCUUUUGCCAUCCACAAAGUGGUCUGUUAGUGACAGUGGGAUGGCAUAAUUCCACCCCCGUCAUUUUGCCUCCUGAAGGAAAGCUGCCUACUCAAAUCUAGAAAUAAUGGGCUAGAUUAAGAGCGAAUUAUUGUUUUUCUGUGGAGUCCGUCUCUUUCUCUUGCCCUCCCCAAGUUAUUAUAACCUAUGAGUAUUCUCACCAAAUACUAUUCAGCAUCCAGUGUUGCUUGCGGUAUGCAAUCAGUGCAAUAUUUUAAUUGCCUUCAUUUUAAUAAGGUAGAGUCUGCUUCCUACUUGCUCCCUUUCCUCUUUUCUACAAAUAACUUAUAGUUUAGGAUCGUGGGGUGGCUUUAGACAAACUACCUGCCUGUGUUCAGUAGAAAUGCAAAUCCUUUGCUGAGUAAUUCUUCCUUUAGAAAUCGCUCAGUCAUUGACCUGUUGUGGAUUAAAGGCAAAAAUGUCAAACUCUUUAAUGAUUUGCCUCGUCUAAGUUUUCAACCAGAAGAUGGGAAGCUUAAAUUGGUCCACUGGGGACAAGAGGCGUAGGAUGGUUAGAGUAAUGGGAACAGGUAGGAGCAGCUUUGUAAGAUGGAUGGGCAGCAGUGUUUAUACUUUAAAUCUGAGCAGCUUGGAAGGUGAUGAGGGCUGUUCUUUAGAUGGUGAAGCACAUGUUUGAAUUUUACUAUUACUUCAGAGGCUGCCAAAACAGUGAGCUGAGAAAGAAAUCUACCUGUAGGUGUUGGGAAUCUAUUUUUUGGGUAAAAUAACAGUGUGUUUAGCUCUGCUCAGUAUUAAAUAGUCUUUUCCAAACUCCCUCUCAUUGUUACCUCAGCUGUAAAAUGGGGAGUUUGUGCUCUGUUGAAGCUUAAUUAAAUGACUGUGAAGUGCUUUGGGAUCCCGAGGUAAAUGUACAGAAAUUAUUUUGUGGAAGCCUGGCUGAACAGUCCCAUCUCGUCUCCAGGUUACUAAAAAGCCUUUAUUUUAAUUUUCCCAGGUUUAUUAUGUUUUAAUCAGACAAUUAUUAAGCAAGUCUUAAUCUUAUAGAGAGAGAAGUCGAUUAAAUCAAGAGACAGCUGAAAAAGAUAAUGACCUGCUUUACUACAUGUGCUUUUAGGAGCUGAUCUUUACAGUUGGUACCUACUUGGCUUCUGUCUCCUGCAUGAUCUGGGUUCAUCAUACUUACACUGAUUGGUCUCAUGAUGUCUUUCUUGGUUUUUUUUUAAUACAAAUUAUUUUUUUUGUCAUCCUGAUGUCUCAGUGCUGUCUGCUGUGUGCACUAGUCAGAGCUGUUAACAUCCAUCACAUUGUUUGUUCUCAUCUUCUCCCCAGGAGCAAGGGGUGCAACAGUGUGUGCAACUUGACAGGGGAGAAGCUUGUGUGGUGUGUCACACAGCUUGUGUGGUUUGUCAGGGAAAGAAAGCUGGAAGGAAUCUCUGCCUUUUCAGGCCGUGUCCAAGUAAUAGCUUGUUAGAUACUUCUGCUCUUCCUAAUUUUGAAGCUUGAAGGUGUUGUCUGAGACACUGAACUGUGCAACCAAAUUCUUAGAACUGGUCAUUUAACUGUAGAAAUGUAGUGUGUGAAAACUCUGGGUCAUAGAAAAGUCUAGCAUGAUGUUAAUUACUUCAGUGGUUAUGGAGCGAUCAUUAUCAGGAUGCUGAGUAUCUCAAGAGAUUUGUUUAGUGAUGAAGGAAUUUGGGGAAACUUUCAAAUCAAUGAAACUUAGCUCUGUGGUUGCAGUGAAAACAACUGGAGCUAAGAGAGAGCAGUGCUUCUGUGGAUGAUCUUAAUGAGCUACCUCCCUGACAGAAACAAUGUCUAGUUUAGGUGGUGGUCUCUGGUAGCAGCAGAGAACCGAUCCUUGCCCGGUUCCUUUCAGUUUCAACAAAUAAACCAGUGUUGUGGGAAGUGAUCAAAAACACCUAAUAUUCCUGUUUCUGUUAUGCAGUGAACUAUUAAGCACAAGCCCCAUUGAUUGCAUUGGUUUCUGCUGCUUUCUCCAUGGAAUUCAAAACAUCAUCAACCAAAGCCCUUAAAAGAUGAGGCUGUAGCUCCUUUUGUUAUCGGGAUUGGCUUCCCAAAGACAUGCAGUUUGUUCCCUGUUUGUCUUCGGUGAGAAAUUCUCUGAAGUGCAGUAAUAAUUUGUCUGGCUGGCAACAUAAAGGAACUGUAAUCCUUCUCUUUGCUUGAUCAAUGUGGAGAUUGUGCUUUUUCUUCACGUGUAUUUCGAUUCAGUUGUGGGUGAUUGCUUCUGACCUGGCAGAGGACUCUCUGCAGCCUGAGCAGUGGCCAUCUGAGCCGCCUUCUCACCUCCGCAGGGGAAGGAGUUUCCUGUUGCAAAGCAGCAUCCCUCGUAGUUCGUAAGAAGUUACUGAUCCUGAGGAUACAAGCACAAAGAUUUUGUUCCGUGGUCAGGCGUUUGCAUAGCCCUGUAGAGUGGGUGCCAUUGAGCUUCAAAGUGGGGGCAGGAGGCUGAAAGCAGGGGGGGACUUGAGGAGCGGUUUGGUGCAUGGUGUGCCAUGAAUUAUGCAUUUGUGUACCGUGAAUUAUCAGGGUAUAAAACAACCUGUGAAACUUUUAACAAGAGCACCAUUUACGUUGCUGAACGGUGGUGAAUUCUAAUGCUCAUAUUUGUAUUGUUACACUGACUUGAAUUUUCAAAUGUUUAGCUAAUUGUGUUGUUACUAAGACUAUCCUUGUAGGAACGGUUUCAUUCAGUAGUAAACAUUUGCUAAGAGGUUGCUUUCCCUGCCUGCCUUGUUUUCACCACAGUCAUCUAGUGUUUACAUACAUUUUAGCCUCUGUGCCAUUUUUGAAGGCUUUAUUUGUCUCAUUUACGUUUUUGGUUUGGAUAAUACUUAAAUACGAAAUCCAUCUGGGAAACAUAUUGUAUAUUCACGUUGAGGGGUAAAACCAGUUUUUAAUUAAAAUUUUAUACAGCGCUUGUA